AUGUCUACACAGCUCUGGACCAAGCGUGUGUGCGCCACGCAGACGGUGGAUGCCAAGAAAGAAGCAGUCUUUGAAACCAUCCAAGGCCCGAUUGACGACACGAUAGAUCCGGCCGAAGGCGCUCGUUCGAUUGCUUCCAACUACGAGACGUAUGUCAAGCACGAAAUGCAGCAAGCAUCGGAUUACUAUAAGUUAGGCAGCCUCUGGUGCAACAUCUGCGAGGCCACCCGCCACUUUGGGAGCUCGAAAGCUGGGGCGUUGGCGGAUCUCCUCAUAGCUUUAUACUCCCUGCCGCCAGUGCUUGACGAUAGCGGUCAGCCGCUCAAGAAUGUCGAUGGGCAAGCGUAUUGGACAGGUCUUCCUGAGUCUGGCGUAACGUUUGGAGAGUAUGGCAUUGACAUCGAUCAUGUUGAGGAUUAUAAUGAUGAAGAAGAGGCUGAGGACUGGCUGAAGCAAGCCCCGUCCUUUCAUAAUGCAACGGCGUUCGCUGCAACAAUUUCCACGCGCUCUACUCCCGACUUCGGGAUGGUAUUUCAUGCGUACGAAGCGUUUGAUCUCGCCCUUGGUGACGCGGUGAAGCCACAGAAAACCGAAAGGACUGCUAUGUAUCUGCCCGCGGCAGCAAUGUGGACAAGAACCGGCGGCGUAAAGCUCUAUCGCUUCUGCGCUGGUCGUUCUGGAGUAGAAAGUGCUGCAGCAGAUGUCUUGGCACAGGGCGGUCAUGGUCUGUCCCUCGGACGUUGGUCACACUGGCGAGAACGAUUCGAGGCUCUAGCACUGGCUGAGAUUGGUGAAAUAUAUCAGGAAAUCGCGGCGAGCGCGGCCUCGCGCAUGAAGGAGACUGAAAUCGAUGACCCAGCGUAG